AUGAACUUCCUGCAUUACUCCGCUGCCCCUGACAACUGCAUUUAUGCGACCCUCCGCACGCCCGCCUGCGCCGCCGCCGCCGCCGCCGCGGCCGUGCGUGCGGACGAGGUUGCGCACGCCACAGGCGCGUACGCCGCAGAUGGAGGCGGCCACCUCGGGCUCAUGGGGCGGACGCGCGUGCUGAUGCUCAAUCGAAUCAUCAGGGAGACCUUUCGCCUCGACGCCCACGCCGCGCUGCCCGCCGCCGCCGCCGUGCUGCGGACGCCGGGGGCGCCCGAGGCGCUGCUGCGCGCCGGGCUGCUGCCGCGCGAGCGUCAGGGGUUCCGCAAGCCAAACUCGUGGGAGGAGGACCCUCUGUGGCCGUUUCUGAGCCUGGCGCGCGUUUUCGUCGUCGCCGCGCAUAGUGCUAACGGCCCGCUGCAGCCCGACGCCGACUGCCGCGCCGCGCUUGCCGCGUGGGCGGGGGCGCUAUCGCGCAUUGCACCGCUGUUCAUCGACGUCGUCUGCACCCGCCUCGCGGAGGGCGCGGAGCGGGCGGAGCCCGCCGCGCUGCUGGCUGGGGUGUUGCUGGGCCACGCCAAAUCAGAGGCGACGGCGCCGCUCGGCGCCGCUAUGCUGGCGCAUGCGUCGGCCCUCCUCCCGCCGCUUGCGGCGCACGCGCAGCACCCAGUCGCAACGCCGAGAGCCCGGCUCCUGGUGUGGGGCGCCCUGGCAAGCCUUCUCUCCUCUGAUUGUGGCGCCGCGCUCGCCGCCGCGUGUGGCAGGGACCUCGCCAAGCACGCGCUUGCCUUCCUCGGCCGGCCCGCCCGCUGGGCCGCCGCAUGCGGCAGCGCCGCGGCUGCGUCAAGCCCCGAGGCGCUUAUGGGCGGCAGCGACGAGGCCGCGGCGCUCAAAGCAGCCUCGCGUGCGCUGUGGCAGCUGGCGAACGCGGACACCGCCUUUGUUGCUUGCGGGCACCCGCUGCACAGCCGCAUCGCCGCAGUGCCUGGCGCGGCGGCGGCGCUUGUGGCGGCGGCGCGGGCGUGGCUAGCCGCGGCGCGGGCGAGUGACGAAGCACCUGCUGACGGGAGCACAGACGUAGCUCACGGGCGCGUGUGUGCCACAAUUGUGUCGUUGGCAGAGUCUGAGGAGAUAUUCAUCCAGGAAACGCGCGGCAGCGGAGGCGCGGGCGACGUGGAUGGCAGCGCGUGGCUGAGCACACUGCGGCGCCUCGGCGCCGUGCCGCUGCUGGCGGCCGCGCUGGCCGUGCCUGGGCUCAACGGCGAGCACCGCGCCGAAGUCGCUUUCGCAGUGGCGGCGCUGCUGUAUGGCUGCGAACAGGGGCAGCAACCGGCGGCGUGGGAGGAGGCCAGCACGGCGGCCGGCACGGAUGUGCCAGGCCUGCGGCGGCGCGUCUGGACGGCACUUGUGAAUGCGCCAUACUGCGACUCUGCCUGCUGGAUGAGGCGGCUGUUCGUGUUUUGGCGGCGGUGCAGGGGUGACAUGGCCGCCACGCCCUUUGCGCUCUCGGUCAUUGCUCAGUGCACAUGCACAGAGACAGAGAAUGCAGAGGCUGCUGAGAAAUUGCUUUGGGACAUCGAGGCGUGGGCGGCGCGGGAGUGGGCAGAGUGCGGCGACGGCGGCGGCGACUUGGGCGGCGGCUGCGACGGCGGGCGCAGCGUUGGUGUGGAGAGGGCACGCGCGGAGGGCAGUCUGUGUGGCAGCCUUUUGAAACACAUCCCGCAGGGAAGGCCAAUGGGAGCGCCGCAAGCAGCUCACGUGUCGCACGCAGAGCAGGCGCUGGAGUCGCUGCUGCGCUGGGCCUCGCAGGGUGCUCGCACAGAGGGGCCGGCGGGGCGCGCGGCGUUGAUUGAGAAGGAGGCGCGAGACGCGCUGACGCACGUGCGCUCCAGGCGACAGACGCUGGGGCUGACGGUGGAUGAGCAGCAGCAGCUGCAACAGCAGCAGCAGGUGUUGCAGCCGCAGCAGCAGCAGCAGCAGCAGCAGCAGCAGCAGGUAGUGCAGCAGCAGCAACAGCAGCCGCAGCAGCAGCAGCAGGUGGUGCAGCAGCAGCAGCAGCAGCACGUAGUGCAACAGCAGCAGCAGCAGCAGCAGCAGCAGCAGCAGCAGGAGCUGCAGGAGGAGGAUCAAUGCAAGCAGGCAGUUGUAGGGCCAUCCACAGUGUCACCAUCAGGGCAGCCACGCCAGCUGCACGCCGGCAACGUCGUUGAUCGGCGGCGGGUCGCUGUGUGCGCAGCGUGCGGGACGGCCGAGGGCGCCGCAGGUGUGCGGCUACACCUGUGCCGCGGCUGCCGUCUGGCGUGGUUCUGCUCUGACGCGUGUUACAAGGGCUACUGGCCGGCGCACAAGGCGGCGUGCCGCGAGGAGCAGGCGCGGCGGGCGGGGCAGGCUUCGUAG